AUGCAUUUCAUUACGCUGAGUGAUGCGGAGGCACUCAUUGAUCGCAUCAGCAAGCUGAAUUUGUGCCCUGGCGCAGGUGUACAGCCCGUUGCUGGCAAGUGCCCAUCUUUCAACGGGAAUUGUUUUCACAAGAAGUGCACUCUUCUCACCAAGGAUGCAGACGGUGCAUGCAUUAACUGCAAAUACCAGCGCAAGUUGAUCAUGAACCAGCUUUCUAGAAGAAGGUGCAAAAAAGUCAAGAGCAAGCCCAACAAAACAACUGCUAUUCGGCGGACUCUGCGACGGAUGAGGGUGAAGCUACAGAAAGCGCAAGUGAGCCUGAGCCAAUUAAAAGCAAAGAACGAGCAGCUCCCUGAGGAAGUCCUCUCCGAGAAAAUCAAAGGGCUUCCAUUGAAGCAGCAAGCGGCUGUACGAGCAUGCUUUGAAGCAGCGCGAAGGAAGUCAAAGAAAGGGAUGAGAUACGAAAAGGAUUGGCUCCUGGAGUGCAUACUUAUCCGUAUGCGAAGUCCCAAGCUGUACAAACACCUAAGGCGGCACGACAUCUUGGCACUGCCUGGCCGCACCUGCCUAAAGAAAGCCAUGCAGCACUUCAAAAGUGGUUUUGGAUUUAACCCAAAUGUUUUUGCUACGCUGUGCGAAAAAACGAAGACGAUGGACGAGUUCAGUCGACAUGGAAUUAUAGCCUUCGACGAGAUGAAGCUUUCUGAACACAUCGACGUAAAGUCUUCAGGCUCCCUUGAGGGGUUCGUUGAUCUAGGGCAGUUUGGUGAAGAGAACUCCAGCGAAGAGCUUGCAGACCAUGGCUUGGUGGUAGUCUUCCAGCCUUUCUCAGGAACAUGGAUGCAAAUCUUGGGCGUCUUUUCCUCGAAGAGCAAUGUGAAAGCAAAUCUCCUGGCCAAGAUUGUCCUGGAAGCAACGCUCCUUUGCGAACAAGCCGGCCUCUUCGUUGAUGGUGUGACAUGCGACGCUGCGAGCUGGAAUCGCAGCAUGUGGAGGAUUUUCGGAAUAAGAGGGAAAUUGAAAGGUCUUGUGGCUCAGCUCAAGUGA